GGUGAAAAGAAAAGUCAUGCUCGAUCGUCUCCUUCCUUUUUCUCUGUGCUCUCCAAACGCUAGAACAAGAUCUGAGAAACACUUCUCCAUCUGCUCGAUUUGGGAAAAGCUUCGCCAAGGAUCCUCAAGAAUCAGAUUCAUCAUUUCUAAAAUAAAAAAGUGUGCCCGUGGACGUUAUGCAGUUGGCAAAGCAAAGAGAGUCAAAUCUCAAGGGGUAAAACUCGAGUUCAAUUCCUGACAAUUGCAUUGGAAGGAAACUAUGUUGAGCAUAACGUCUCUGCAAGUACCAGGUUCCGGCGAUAAAGACGAAGGUAAAUUCAAAGGACUUUCCACAUAUGAAGCUGACUGUGAAGUCUUCACUCUUGGUCCCCCUCCAGCCAUGUUAUGGCAGUUGAUGGUUAGGGAGGCUAAUGUGGAAGGAGCAAAAGCUCCCGGAUAUGAAGAGCAGUAUGAUAAGGAUUCACUGCCUGUUUUCGUUAAAGAAAACUGGUCAAAGUGUGUGGUAUGUUACACUUCAGUUGUCGAGAGGUUCUCAAAAUUGUGCAAGCUACUUGACGAUGAAGGGAAGAAAGAGUAUGCACUCCAGUGGAUAGUGAAGGUGGCGACAUUGAUGUUUGUUGUUCUCAUUUUAAUUGGUCAUGCUAAGAAAGAUGCCCUAGUUCCGAAAUGGAUCCUUGCCACUGUUGCAAACUCUGAUGAUUCCAUGUCUUUCCCAUGGGGGACAUGGGCAUUCCUGGAGUCCCUCCGUAUCCAAUCUUUGGGGAAGGACUUAGUUUCAGAAAAAAAGAAGCAAAGCUUGUCAAAUGCGGGAAAACAUCAAACACCCUCCGAUACACUGGCUUUGUCCUCCCCUCAUCCGAGCAUUCUUCUUCCAGAAGGAAGUGAAAUACGUGCCUCUUGGAUCACCAAUCUGACCUCCUUGCCUUCUGUUUCCAAUCCAACUCUUGGAGAAUUCGUAAGGGGAAUCCAAGGUGGUGACAAGCAUAAUCAAUUAUGCAUGAAAAAACAACUUCUGGCCCAAGCAAGUGAAGAUGAAGUUGCUGUAGGAAGGAAUUCAUCAUCAGAUGAAGUUCACUCUUCAAGUGAGGGGUCAGAAGUCCCCUCCAAAAAGUAUGUCCUAAGGAGGAGAAAAGUAUCAAAGCCGUGCACCCCACAUGAAAAGGCUGAGCACAGACCUAUGUUGGAAACGCAGAGCCCUCUGUUGGAAAGGACAACCAAUAUCAAGGCUUCAUCUUUAAGUGGAAAAUCUAGUCAAAUCUUGCCUAAUUCACUGAAAAAUUACAUUGAUGGUAAAUUUUCUGAGCUUCAAAAGACGCUAUGUCUAGAGGUUGAAAAUUUCUUGGAAAGAAAAUUUCAGACACUAGAAUGAAUGAACAGAGAUAGAAGAGCGCGAGUGUCCAUCUGCCUGGAUAAAAAAGAAGAGCGCGAGUGUCCAUCAGCCUGCAAAAGUGAAAUUCAAGAUGUAAUUCAGAAUGUGAUUGAUGAAAUUACAUAGAAAAUUGUCAACAUAGACUCCAGAAAAUCUAGAUAUACAAGUCGAUCAAAUAGCUAUUAUGUCGACUAAAUCAAUUACUGUGGAAUUA